CGCCUCCGAUCCGCCAGCACCACUUGAGGAUCCCGGAAGCCGCCCCGCGAUGGAAGAGGACCAGGAGCUGGAGAGGAAAGCAAUUGAAGAACUGCUUAAAGAGGCAAAACGUGGGAAAACGAGAGCAGAAACCAUGGGACCUAUGGGUUGGAUGAAGUGUCCUCUCGCUGGGACAAAUAAAAGAUUCCUCAUUAACACAAUUAAGAACACGCUGCCCUCCCAUAAAGAGCAAGACCCUGAGCAAAAAGAGGGCAGCAAGGAAGCCGCGAAAAGCCAGAGCCAGAAAGAAGAGAACAGGAAGAAGCACAGAGCCCACCCCUACAAACACCGCUUCCAGGCCCGGGGCCCCGGCAGCCGCUCUCCGUGCAAGAAGGGCAGCAAGCAGCAGAAGGACGAGACGCGCUCCAACAGGCGAUGAGGCGGGCCCCAGCCACCAGCGCUGCUUCCUCUGGGCUAGGGGUGUGCAGACGAGCCUGUGAGGACAGGCCUUGAGCUGCAGAGCGAGCACCGAGGAGUGACUUUCAUGGUCGGUCCUUUGCUAUUGUGACAAGGAAAUGAGUCCACGGGGACUUGCUCUGAAGGUGUUGGAGCACGUUUCAGCUCCUUCAGCCGGGCGGCCUCCUAUACACGUGUCCUGUUUUCAUUCUCUCUUGUUUGGAAGUUGGUUUCAAAAUAAACCUAAGACUUCAAGUUUUCAGAGAUUGUUACUACUAGUUCCGAUUUUUUUUUUUUUUUGAUGUAUUACAAUUGUGGUCGUCUCUCCAAUUUUCUCCAAAAAAUAAAACCCUUGUAAAUCCUAUACGUUAUCUUUUUGGAUGAUGAAUUUAAAAUUCAGAAGUCAUCUGACCAGUAACCACAGUCAGGAAAAGAGGUAGCCCUUCAGGGGCUAGAAAUUUACCAUGAAACUCUCUGUUUUGUUUUCCUGUAAGUAAGCAAUGUAGGAAAUUCUCAAAAUGGCUUUGAAUUUAGUGUUCCAUAUCAGUAACCAGAGGUUAAAAAAUUGGCCCUGUGGUUUCCUUGUGCAUUCUCAAACUCACUCCUAAGAUAGAACAACUUUUCUAUAUUUAAUUUUUGGGGGAAUAUGUAAGUUUUAAGUGGUGCUUUAAAAAGAACCCUUAAAGUUAAAAUUAAUGUAAGUAUUUUAGUGCUAUGUCUUAUUUAGCUACAGACUAUAAUACCACUCAGUAUAGUUGUUUCAGAAAUCUUAAUUUUAAAUAAAAGUGUGUUUACAACGCCUUUUUCUGUUUUUUUCAAUAUGGAUGUGUGUCUGUUUUAACGUAUAAUUACAAACCUUUCAAACCUGUAUUCUUCCUUUCGUACUCAGGAAAAUGUCACCAAGUACCCUCUUCCCCGGUCCACAAAAGGAAGAAGAAUCUGUCUUUCUGUCCCCACCCCUCCCAAUUUUCCAAAGCGUCUAAGCUUAUGCCUGGCUGCUCCCAGAUAAUCACUCACCACAGCCUGCUCCCUGCUUCCUGGCAGCCAAGAAAAGCCCUUUCUAAAUGUUAGAAAGGAGCACAUCCGAAAAGUUAGCUUCGGGGUGUUUAUAAACUAGAAUAGACCAAGUCCUGGCUUUGCCCAUCAAGCCGCUGGCCACACCCUCAGUCUGCUCUGAGCUAAAAGCUCAGGAGUGACAAACCCCAGGCUUUGUCACUUGACCCACCGGCCUCCCCCGCCCCCAGAGACCCCAGGGCCUCAUCCUGUGACUUUGUAACAACACAGCAACACACUUUGCUUUCAAACAUACAAAAGGAAUAGUUUGGUUCAUAGGACUUUAUCCAAAUCCAUUUAUGCAUUAGCUUACGCUGUUUGUGCUAAAUUUGGAAUGUUUUGUAUUAAAAUACUAGAGAUAGCGUAGUCAUGAGUUUUUGAAAAUUCUUGUUAUAAUUAAGUAAAAUAAAGUUGGAUUGU